AUGAUGUUACCUGUUCGUACUCUCUGUUAUCCCAAUCCUCGCGCAACUGUCGCUGCACACUCAUCCGAACCCGAACAGAAAGCUUCAACGAGCUGGACUACUGUCCUCUACUCCAAAAUGUUUGCGAUGAUAAACAGGGUCUUGGAGUGGUUUCGUAGCUUGUUUUGGAAGGAGGAAAUGGAGCUGACGCUAGUCGGGCUUCAGAACUCUGGGAAGACAACAUUCGUGAAUGUUAUAGCGAGCGGACAAUUCACAGAAGACAUGAUUCCAACCGUCGGAUUCAACAUGAGGAAGAUUACUAAGGGCAAUGUCACUAUAAAGUUGUGGGAUAUUGGUGGUCAACCACGUUUUCGAUCUAUGUGGGAGCGAUACUGUCGAGGAGUGAACGCUAUAGUAUUCAUGGUUGAUGCUGCUGACGAGGACAAACUGGAGGCAUCCCGCAACGAACUGAUGCAGCUGUUGGACAAAGCUCAGCUGGAUGCAAUUCCAGUUCUUGUGCUAGGAAAUAAAAAAGAUCUCCCUGGUGCGCUGGAUGAGCGACAACUUAUUGAACGCAUGAAUCUGUCAGCGAUACAAAACCGCGAAAUCUGCUGUUAUUCAAUCUCUUGUAAAGAAAAAGAAAAUAUAGAUAUUACUCUGCAGUGGUUGAUUCAACAUUCAAAGAGUCAGCGCUAA